AUGACAUCACCAGAGUAUAGCAGCCAUUUCUCGCUGGCCAAUAUUCCAUUUGGAGUCGCAUCAUCUACAUGUCACCCAAAUCCACAAUGCGUGACUCGCUUACAGAACAAUGUCAUCUUCUUAGAUGUACUACAUCAGUCUGGCGUUUUCGCAAAAGUCUCGGGUCUACCUAAAGAUGUGUUCAACAAACCAGUUUUAAACGAGUAUGCCGCGCUAUCCAAACAACUUCACCGUGAAGUACGGAAAAUCCUUCAAACUGCAUUAAAAGAGGAAUUGCCACAGAACAGUAUACAGGAUGUUCGAGAUGUCACUCUCCAUUUGCCCGUCGCCGUAGGCGGCUUCACAGAUCUGACCCGCAUCAACCCGGAAGACUUCUCGUGUAGUCUCCACCAUGUCCAAAGAGCAGGAAAAGCAAUUAUCAAUGACGAGAGACCUCCGCCCGGAUUCUUCAACUUCCCAAUCGGAUAUAGCGGUCGCGCUAGCACGAUAGUGGUUUCGGGUACUCCCAUCAUCCGGCCGAAGGGACAUUUCUUCGAUCGCACCUCGACUUCAGAGAAGAAACCGAUUAUAUACGGGCCGUCAAGGGUGAUGGAUUGGGAAUUGGAGAUGGGAUUCAUUGUCGGCCAAGGAGUUUCACGUUUGGAAGGGGUGAAUGCGAAGGAUGCAGAUGAAAAUAUCUUCGCUCGGGAUAUCCAAGGUUGCGAGAUGAUCCCACUGGGUCCCUUGAAUGGCAAAGCAUUUGGAACAAGUAUUUCGCCUUGGAUUGUCACGCUUGAUGCUCUAGCUCCCUUCGCCACGCCAGGACCCAAAGCAGAAGCCGUACUCGCCAGUCACCUGGAAGAUGUGGUGAAAUCCAGUUACGAGAUUGAUUUCAAGGUGGAAUUGAUCAUUGAAGAUCAAGUGACGACUGUCAGCGAGUCAAAACUCCAGGACUUACACUGGAGCGGCCGGCAAAUGUGUGCCCACCUUGCCAGUAGUGGGGCCGAUCUUCGAACUGGAGAUAUCCUGGGCACAGGCACAAUUAGCGGCCCUGAUGAAAGGAGCAUGGGUUGCCUCCUGGAAAUCACAAGUGGUGGCAAGGAACCAUUGGCUCUGGAUAAUGGAGAAAAGAGACACAUGUUGCAAGAUUGGGAUACUGUUCGUAUGACAGCAGUAGCUGGCGGAUCAACUUCCGGGGUUGGGUUUGGAGAAUGCGUUGGUCAACUGCAGCCAGCAAGGUAG